AUGCAUAGUACAAGGUUCGCCCAUCUCGUGAUAAGGCAUAUAAAACCUAAAACUUUGCAAAAUAUUGUCAAUAAUACGACACCCGGCACAGCAUUCGGAUUUCGACGUUUUUCGGCGGGAAAAGUAGCAAAUAUGAAAUUUGUUCAAUUUACUUACUCAAAUAAUCCAAAUGAAAUUCGUGUCGGACAUUUAGAUGGCGAUAAUGUUAUUGACCUUAAUAAGGCGGUGCCGACCUUACCCAGAACGCUAUUGGAGAUCCUAAGGAAUAAGGAAAUGAAACAAAUUUUCCGCCUCUGUGAAUGUGUUACUGACGCAGCAAAGCUACCGGUAUCAUCUGUAAAUCUUAAAGCACCGAUUACGGGUAUGGACAAGGUUCUAUGCAUAGGACUUAACUAUAAAGAUCACUGUGAAGAACAAAAACUGACGCCUCCUGAGGUUCCAAUGAUAUUCAGCAAAUUCGCUAGUACUGUUGUAGGCCCAUCGGAUAGCGUCCGGCUUAGAGUUGAUGUUACUGAUAAAGUGGACUGGGAGGUGGAAUUAGUGGUAGUGAUCGGGAAGCCAGCGAGUAACGUCAAAGCGAAGAAUGCUUUUGAAUAUAUCUUUGGGUACACAGUAGCUCAGGAUAUAAGCGCAAGGGAUUGGCAGAAGACUAAGAAUGGUGGGCAGUUUUUGCUAGGAAAGUCAAUGGACACAUUCUGUCCUAUUGGGCCGUGUAUUACCACAAGUGAUGAGAUAACAGACCCUCAAAAACUAGAGAUCAAAUGCUCUGUUAAUGGCGUACUUAAGCAAUCGAGUUGCACAGAUCAGUUGGUGCAUAAGAUACCUGAUGUCAUUGAGAGGCUAUCAUCGGUAAUGACUCUCCUACCGGGUGACAUCAUAUUAACAGGCACUCCUGGGGGUGUGGGUAUGUACCGAUCACCCCCGGAAUACCUUAAACCCGGUGACCUCGUAGAAAGCACCAUCCAAGAUAUAGGGACUCUCCUGGUCAAAGUGGAAAAGUUUUAG